AUGACCAUGGCCGGCUACGACGACAGGGCCAAAGCCGUUCACCUGGGGUUCUUUGGGGCCGCCGUCUCAGACUCUCUCGGACCGUAUCCUUCGGUUAGAACGCCUCGUUGGGAGAGCUUCAUGACGGACGACCACACCCCCGUUGAACUCAGCUGGGCCUGGUCUGACGAGCAGAGCACACCCACGGUCCGUUACUCGGUUGAGCCCAUCGGAUGGACUGCAGAUUCUGCCAACGAACAAGCUGCUGCUUCACUGUUGAAUAGAACCAGAUCGUAUGCUCAAGGUCUCGAUCUGUCUUGGUACAGACACUUUCUGCGAAACGAAGCUGUUUCUUCCUCGCAGACCUUCUCUGCCUUUGACCUCGAGGACGACGGGAGCACCACGGUCAAGUCUUACUUCAUACCCACCGUGAAGCCCUCCUCUCUGGGCAUAUCGAAUUUGGACCUGGUUGAGCAGGCUAUACAAACCCUGCAACCACUAGGCCCAGAAUGUUCCUCGACAACACUCAUGGGCCAAUUCAGCUUGCUCAAAGACUUCAUCCUCUGCCAUACCCCCAUGCAGCAGCCGGUGGUAGAGAUUGUCGCAAUCGACUGUGUUAACCCGGCCGACUCCCGCGUCAAGAUCUACAUCCGGUCCAAGAACACGACCUUUAGCAGCAUGAUCAACGUCAUGAGCUUAGGCGGACGACUCCCCUUCCUCACCGAUACCGUCAUGUAUUCGCUCAAGGAACUCUGGGUUGCAGUCUUUGGUUCCGGCGCAGAAGACGACGUGGGUGCCUUGUCGAGGCCGCUGCCCACGAUAGAUCAUCGCACCAGCGGCAUCCUCUACUACCUAGAGCUGAAACCUGGUGCUCCGCUCCCCAAGCCCAAGGUCUAUCUGCCUGUUCGACAUUACGCUCGGGACGACGAGCAGAUUGCGCGUGGUCUGUCGGGCUUCUUGGAAAGGAGAGGCAAGUUCUUGGCAAAUGGUGUGACGUAUCACGAAGGAGUAAAGAGUCUGUGGUGA